CCCGCCCCCCUCCCUCGCACUCAGGCGCGCGCACGCCUUAGGGGGUCGACCGAGGUGGGCGAGGCUCGCGCCCGCGGUGCCUCACGCUCGCCGCCGCCCCCCUCCCCUGCCGGGCGCGCGCACAGGAGUUGGGGGGGGGGGGUUGGCGUGGCCGCGCAGGCGCGCGAGGCACAGCGGGCGCGCGGGCCGGCCCCAGGGCCUCCAUGAUGGAGGAGCGAGCCGCUGCCGCGGUCGCUGCCGCCUCCUCCUCCUGCCGACCGCUCGGCUCCAGCGCGGGUCCGGGCCCGACUGGGGCGGCUCCAGUUUCUGGUCCUGCCCCUGGGCCCGGUCCGGCAGGGAAGGGAGGCGGCGGCGGAGGCAGCCCCGGCCCCACAGCGGGUCCGGAGCCCCUGAGCCUGCCCGGGAUCCUGCACUUUAUCCAGCACGAGUGGGCGCGCUUCGAAGCCGAGAAGGCACGUUGGGAGGCCGAGCGCGCCGAGUUGCAGGCUCAGGUGGCCUUCCUCCAGGGAGAAAGAAAAGGGCAAGAGAAUCUGAAGACAGACCUGGUGCGACGAAUCAAGAUGCUGGAGUACGCGCUGAAACAGGAAAGGGCCAAAUAUCAUAAACUGAAGUUUGGAACUGACCUGAACCAGGGGGAGAAGAAAUCGGACCUGCCAGAACAAGUCUCCAAUGGCCCUGUGGAGUCAGUCACCCUGGAGAACAGCCCACUGGUGUGGAAGGAGGGACGGCAGCUUCUGCGGCAGUACUUGGAAGAAGUGGGCUACACGGACACCAUCCUUGACAUGCGGUCCAAGCGUGUGCGUUCCCUGCUGGGCCGCUCGCUGGAGCUCAAUGGGGCAGCUGAGCCUAGUGAUGGGAGCCCCCGGGCAGCACCAGGUUCUGGAGGGCUCAGUGGUGGUGAGUCACUGCUGGUGAAGCAGAUCGAGGAACAGAUAAAGAGGAACGCGGCAGGCAAAGAUGGCAAAGAGCGCCUGGUUGGCUCAGUGUUGGAGCAGAUCCCCUUCCUGCAGAACUGUGAGGACGAGGACAGCGAUGAGGAUGAUGAGCUGGACAGCGUGCAGCACAAGAAGCAGCGUGUGAAGCUGCCAUCCAAGGCCCUGGUGCCUGAAAUGGAGGACGAGGAUGAGGAGGAUGACUCAGAGGAUGCUAUCAAUGAGUUUGACUUCCUGGGCUCAGGAGAGGAUGGAGAGGGGACUCCGAACCCCCGGCGUUGUGCUGGCGAGGGGACCCCUCAUGAGCUGGAAAGCCGCCGGGUCAAGCUCCAGGGAAUUCUGGCCGACCUUCGGGAUGUGGACGGGCUGCCCCCCAAAGUGACAGGCCCACCUCCUGGCACUCCUCAGCCCCGGCCCCAUGAAGGUUCCUUUGGCUUCUCCUCAGACGUUUUCAUCAUGGACACUAUCGGGGGCGGGGAGGUGAGCCUGGGGGACUUGGCAGAUCUCACCGUCACCAAUGACAACGAUCUCAGUUGUGACCUGUCUGACAGCAAAGAUGCCUUCAAGAAGACCUGGAAUCCCAAGUUCACACUGCGCUCACACUAUGAUGGCAUCCGCUCCCUGGCUUUCCACCACAGCCAGUCAGCACUGCUCACUGCCUCCGAGGAUGGCACGCUCAAGCUGUGGAACCUGCAGAAGGCAGCCACAGCCAAAAAGAACGCUGCGUUGGAUGUGGAGCCUAUCCAUGCUUUCCGGGCUCAUAGGGGUCCAGUGUUAGCAGUAGCCAUGGGCAGCAACAGUGAGCACUGUUACAGUGGCGGGGCAGAUGCCCGCAUCCACAGCUGGAAGAUUCCAGACCUCAACAUGGACCCCUAUGAUGGUUAUGACCCAAGUGUGCUGAGCCACGUGCUAGAGGGCCAUGGUGAUGCCGUGUGGGGCUUGGCUUUCAGUCCCGCUUCCCAGCGCCUGGCCUCCUGCUCCGCUGAUGGCACUGUCCGCAUCUGGGACCCCAGCAGCAGCCCAACCUGCCUCUGUUCUUUCCCCACAGCCAGCGAGCACGGGGUCCCCACUUCAGUGGCCUUCACCAGCAUCGAGCCCGCCCACAUUGUGGCCUCCUUCCGCUCUGGCGACACCGUCCUUUAUGAUCUGGAGGCUGGCAGUGCUGUCCUCACACUGGAGUCCCGGGGGAGCAGUGUCCCAACCCAGAUCAACCAGGUGGUGAGUCACCCAAACCAGCCCCUCACCAUCACCGCCCAUGAUGACAGAGGCAUCCGCUUUCUGGACAAUCGGACAGGUAAAUCUGUGCACUCUAUGGUCGCCCACCUGGAUGCUGUAACCUGCCUAGCCGUGGACCCCAAUGGCGUGUUCCUCUUGUCAGGAAGCCAUGACUGCUCCCUGCGCCUGUGGAGUCUGGACAACAAGACCUGUGUGCAGGAGAUCACGGCCCACCGCAAGAAGCAUGAGGAGGCCAUCCAUGCCGUGGCCUGUCACCCCAGCAAGGCUCUUAUCGCCAGUGCCGGCGCUGAUGCCCUGGCCAAGGUCUUCGUAUGAUGCCCACCUGGCCUCGCCCUUGCCGCCACGCUGGCUGGGGAGCGGGGCCAGGCAGGUGAGGCUAAGGAGGCUCCCAGCUCACUGCGGAGGCUCAGAGGCCCAUCCUCUUCCCACCUGCCGUGGAGCCUGGUGGUGCUAAUGGCCCUUUCUCCAAGAAUGCCCUCCACCCUCUGGCUCCCCUUCCCCACACACCCACCUUCCCACGCUGCCUCUUGAGGUGGCGUAUGGGCCUUUUGCCAGUCCCUACUCCUGGCAUCUGCUGCCUUCCCUCAAGCAGCACAGCUAGGGCCUGGAGUCUUUGGGGAUCUGUUUUUCCAAGAUAUCAGAGGUGCCAGGUUCUCCCCUUAAGCCCCUCACCCUCCAGCCCACGUGGGAGCCAUGCUGGGAGGGGUCUCCAGAUGCCCCUCCUGCACAACCCCAGGCUGUCCUGGGGUGUAGGGGGAGGGUGGCAAUCCCUUCCACUUGCUUCCCAACACUAAUCAAGCCUCCAGGGCUAGGAGCUGCCUGGGGAGGCCACGCUCCAGCCCUGGCUCCAUUCCUCCACGGGUGGCCCUCAGGCCUCCCCUUGUGCGGUGUGGAGCCAGCCCUGGGCCCCCUAACUCCCUGUAUAUCUGUAUAAAUGAACGGGAUUUUACUGGCGCCCGCCCCUGUUAUCACUGUGUGAUAGUCUGUCAGUCUCCUCGUGCUCCACACUUGCCUCUAUUUAUUUCACUCUGUCUGGGUUCCACCCUGUACCCUCAGUCCCCAUCAGAUCCUGUUUAAAAGCCCUCCCCUCUGCCCUGACCUUGUAUGUGAAAACUUGCCGCAAUA